GGGGCGGCCCGCGGGGGCACGUGAGCCAUGGAGACCAUCUGGAUCUACCAGUUCCGCCUCAUCGUGAUCGGGGACUCGACGGUGGGCAAGUCGUGCCUCCUGCACCGCUUCACGCAGGGCCGCUUCCCGGGGCUGCGCUCGCCCGCCUGCGACCCCACGGUCGGCGUGGACUUCUUCUCCCGCCUGCUGGAGAUCGAGCCGGGCAAGAGGAUCAAGCUGCAGCUGUGGGACACGGCGGGGCAGGAGCGCUUCAGAUCAAUAACUCGAUCUUAUUACCGCAACUCAGUUGGCGGAUUUUUAGUAUUUGACAUUACCAACCGACGGUCUUUUGAGCACGUGAAAGAUUGGCUGGAAGAAGCAAAAAUGCACGUACAGCCAUUUCGGAUUGUAUUUCUGCUGGUGGGACAUAAAUGCGACCUGGCUUCGCGACGUCAGGUUACAAGGGAAGAAGCCGAAAAGCUGUCAGCAGACUGCGGUAUGAAGUAUAUAGAAACCUCAGCAAAGGAUGCCACAAAUGUGGAGGAAUCCUUUACAAUCCUGACCAGAGACAUAUAUGAACUUAUCAAAAGGGGAGAGAUUUGUAUUCAAGAUGGCUGGGAAGGGGUUAAAAGCGGCUUUGUUCCAAAUACGGUGCAUUCUUCUGAGGAAGCGGUAAAACCCAGGAAAGAAUGCUUCUGCUGACUUCCCACAGGCCAGAGGACUCCCGUGAACAGACUGGGUGUCAUCCCAGGAUCAAUACCAACGUUAACUUCAGCAGGAGACGCCAUGGCAGCAUUUAGGACACAGUUAUAAAUCGAUGCUAAUGCUAUUUUGUAAGGUAUUUAGUUCAGAGCGCUAUGCUUGCUGGUGACGCUACCAGAUUGGGGGUCGUGCUAAAUUAUCAGGCAAAGCAGACAACCUUUUCUUGAAACUGGAGUGUCUCCGGAACGAUCCCCGUUCUCCCUUUGUUAGCACAUAGCUAACCUUAAUGUUCGCAUAUACCAAUAUUACUCAUUUUUCUUGACAGUUUGAAAUGGGUUUUUUGUGCAUAUAUAAUCUGAUCGAAAAGAUUCUAUCAGGAAUUACAUUCUCCUGAGCUCAUCUGUUAAUGCUGAAUAGCAAAGUGGAUUUAAAAGUGCAGUGUUUGCUUACAAAGGAAACGAUCUCAGAGGUAUCGUCAACUAGGACGAAAAUAAUAAUUCCAUAUUUAAUGUGCCAGAUUUUAAACCAUUCUUUGAAAUAUUUAUCCUCCCUUAAUUUACCUGAACGUAAGAAAAUAAGUUUUAUACUCAUUUUUGUUCUCUGAUUUCUUGCUCUUGAUAGAUUUAUGUUUUGUAAAGAUAUCUAAGGAUCCAAGCAAAAUAUUUUAUUGCAAAUAUUUGUAAAAAUAAAAAUGAAGGACCGUUCAUCAGCAAGUGUUUUGAUGUUAUAGUAUAUUGUCCUUAUUUAGACAAGAAAAGUUCAUUUAUAUACCGACAUUUUCAAAGAAAGUAAAUGCAAUUUACCUUGAACUGUUGUCGAAAUUAUCAGUAUAGGUAAAUACGGAAUGUUUUUAGUGAUCGCUUUUUUGUCCAAUUAAGUUUCUGAAUUUCCCGGUUCUGGGACAAGAAAAGUAUAGGAAAGAAAGAUUUUUCUGGGCAAGGAAGAUUGGUUAGAUGUUUGAUAUAUUUAGCAUUCAAAUUGCGUUUCAGUAAAAUUAAAGAUAGAAUAAUGAGUUAAGGCUAUAAAAUGACUUUUGAGUUUUCUAAUUUUUAACUUAUUGAUUAAAUUCUCCUCCUGGAAGGGACAUUUUGAUAACAAUAGUUUACAGCAUACAUUUCUGUUCUGUUCUGUGAAGCAUUCCCAAUCACAAAGGGGCACCAAAUGCAGCCACCUUUUUGGAAUUAUGAGGUUUACUGUCAACCUGCAGUAUCUUCAUUUGUUUGAAAACCAAAGUGAUAUGGUGGAAAGAAUAUUUAACGAGAAAUCAGAGUACCUGGGUUUUAAGCUUGCCUUUGCUGUACCGGUAUCUGAACACGAGUGAGUCACUUAACCUUGCUAAGCAUCCAUUGUCUUAACUGUAAGAUGAGAAUAAUAACCCCAUUUAUUGUGUCUCAUGGACUAAUUUUGAGAAUCAAGCGAAUCAUGUGACAAAGCUUUGUAAACAGAGAAAGCAUUAUGCAAAUACAUAAUGAGUUUGGUCUCAGCUGCUCGCGGGCAUACUAUUAUAUUUACAAUGGAUGAGAAUGUUGUUUUCUCAUAUUCUUUCCCAUUUCCACAUUCUGCAGAGGGAGCAGAGGAAGGUGCAGGCUUUCCUGGACCCGAGGGAUCUCUUGGUUUCAUGUGUGCCCUGUGCCCUCCUGCCCUGAAACACUGCUCCUCCCAAGUGGAAAUGAUUGGGAGGGAAAUCCCAGGAGACAUAACUCCAUCCGGAAUCAUGUUUGAAUGUGGUUUUGUGCAUCUUUGAGGUAGAUAUUUGAUUAUAUUUUAAAUAAUUGUACAUUUUCUAGGUUCAUGGAAGUAUUUUUAAUAGUGCUUAUGGAGAGAAGAAUAUAAAUUAUAACAUCACUAUAAGAUUUUGAAUAGUUGUAUUGUCAACAUUUUCUUGAUCUCCUUGCAUUCGUUUCACUUGAGUGAGUUCAAACUGUAAUUGAUCAGGUAAGAAUACCUGUCCCCGCCAAAUGUGAAACUAUUUAUUUUUACUGCUACCAUUUUAAAUCUUACGUUACGGUUUUGCACCAGUCCAAAAUGGCACCAACUCAAAAACUGGGUAUCUAACAACAGUUUAAAGUUUAAACAGGCACCUGUGCCUACUUGUGAAGUUAAACAACUAAAAUAUAAAAUAUGAUUUAACUUCUGGACACCCUUUAUAAUACUAAUGGUGGGGUAAAACUAACAUUCAGGCUAAAGGGUUCUGAUGUUUUUCAAGACUUAGAAUAGAACUAAGGAGGCAGAAGAAACAAACGGAAAUGCAGGGCCCCCAAAGUUGAUACUUAACCAAGGUCAC